AUGGCUCAGAAGUUCAGUUUUUGGUUUAGAAGCCAAACAGAAUUAUUUUAAUCAUUAUUUUUAUCCAUCAGGUCACUGCUGUAGCAAUGCAUCACUUCAUUUCUUUUGCUUUUUCACUGCUAGCCAUUAUUGGGCUGCAUGUGAGCGUUCAGUCCACAGGAAGACGUUCUGAGCGAAGCAUCGAAAGACAUUUCGUUUCAUUGCUGACUGUGUCGAAUGGAAUGGAGUGGGGGUCGUGGGGUCAAAGGGAAUUUUGUCCAACUAGAACGUACGCCGCAGGGUUUAGUCUGAUGGUGGAAGAACGUCGUUUUUUGGACAACACAGCACUCAAUGGGAUUCGUCUUUACUGUGUCAGUCAGACCAAAGACUCGUCAGAGUCAAAUGAGGACACCUCCGUUCAGUCUGACGUAGGAAGCUGGGGUAAGUGGACAGAUAUCAAAUGGUGUCCUUCUGGAUUCUUGACAGCUUUCCAGCUGAGAGUCCAGCCUUCCAGAGAAUUUAAAGAUAAUACGGCCGCAAACAACAUCAGAUUCAACUGCAGUCAAGGUUCUUUGCUUCAGGGUGACGGCACAGACUGGGGUGAAUGGGGCGACUGGAGCGCAUUGUGUCAGGGAAGAGGGAUGUGUGGUAUCAGGACGCGGAUAGAAGAGCCACAGGGAUUCUUCGGAGAUGACACCGCUCUCAAUGACGUGCGAAUGUUCUGCUGUGAAUAAGGUGUAGGAGGAUGACAACAAGAACAGCAAAAAGACCAAAUGGAUUGUAAUAAUUGAUCAUCAUACUAUGAUAAGCUAACAUGAACCAUGUCAUACAACAGUUUUGUAAGGGAUAAUUCACAGUCAGCCGGUCAUUAUCACAAAACAAAGUUAAAAUUAGCUAAAUUAAUCUAAGGUUGACUGGAUAGAGAAAAGUCAGGCUGAAUGGCUGUUUCUUAACAGUGCGACACCUCGUGGUACCUUCACAGAGAGGCUCAAAAUCACUUUCCUGACAUUUUUUGCAUUCACUGUUCCUUGCUGGUGGAAUGAUCUUCCCAACCCCAUCUGGAACUCUGAAUCCCUGAAAAUAUUCAAGAAACAGCUGAAAACUUCAUUAAGCACUUAACUGUAUCCUACUGAAUAAAAAAUUAUUCUAUAUUCUUCACUUUUCCUUUAUCUCUCCCUGUUCUAACUUGUACUAUUCUUGAACAAUGACUGAAACUUUGUAUUACUGGAACUUCUCAUGUUUAUUCGCCUCUUCAAGAUGAAUCGCACAUUUGUAAGUCGCUUUGGAUAAAAGCAUCUGCUAAAUGAAUAAAUGUAAUCUGCUUUCAAAUUGA